CGGGGCACGCGUGCUUUUGGGUCUCCCACUCGAUCGUUAACUUUUUUUUCUUGGAUAUUGGCUAGAUUUACAGUAAAAUCCAACUGCAUAACACUCUUUCAGUUUUGGAUAAAUACCACCAACAUGCACCCUUCAACUCUCUUGGCCACCGCGGCCACCCUCACCACGGCCUUCGGCUACGCCAUUAAUGAUUUCGCCUGCCGCAGCACCGACCACCCCAACCCCGUCGUCCUGCUGCACGGCCUGGGCGCCACCUACUACGAGGACCUGAACUACCUGCAGCUAUGGCUCCAGGCCCAGGGCUACUGCACCUACGCCGAGACCUACGGCGCCUACGCCGGCUUUCCCUUCCUCGGCGGCCUCAAGUCCAUCAACGAGUCCGCCGCCGACAUUGCCGACUACAUCCGCGAGGUGCACCAGGAGACCGGAGCGGAGAAGAUCGACCUGGUCGGUCACUCCGAGGGGGCGUUCCAGACGCUAUACGUUCCCAAGUUCGAGGACGGCAUCUCCGAGUUGGUGGACAAGAUGGUGGCCAUCGCGCCGCCGACGCGGGGGACCACCUUCAUCGGGAUCUACAAUCUCGCCUAUCUGUUCGGGGAUGUGUCGCGCGAGGCCGUCGGCGAGGUGCUGGAUACCCUGGGUUGUCCCGCGUGCGAUGAGUUGGGCCCCGAUGGUGCGGCCGUCGAAAGGUUGAAUGAUGGGGAGCCCAUCGUGCAGAGUGGAAACAGCUUGACGGUCAUUGCCUCCAAGUUGGAUGAGAUGGUGACCCCCACCAGUACCUCCUUCGUGCAUGAGGACGGCGUGCGGAAUGAGUGGGUGCAGGAUACCUGUCCGCUGGACCCGGUCGGUCACAUCGGCGAGGCGUACGAUUUGAAUGUGUGGAACUUGGUUAAGAACGCGCUGGAUGAUACGCCGAAUCGGAAGUUCAUCUGUCUGCUGGGCUCCCCGGGAAAAUGAAGAGCAAGGAGUAUAUAAAAAGUCCGGCUUACUCGGUCUAGCCGGUACAAUUUGCACUGUAUAUAAUGUAUAAUCACAGCACGAUC